AUCUCCAGGCAAAGGGCUUUUGUUUUCUUCUGGUCCGAACUGGAUUGAGCAGAGAAGCGUGUGCUGCUCUAUCCUCCGGGCCUUCGGCACUGGCAGGAACAUUCUAGGAGAACUUAUCGAGAAAGAGGCUGUUGUCUAUGCCAGUAUGCUUGAGAGUCUCAAGGGGAAGCCAUCUGAUGUGAGGGUUAUGACAAGUGUCAGCGUUGCUAAUGUGCUGAGCCAAAGUCUGAUUGGUCAGAGGUUCGAACCUGACGAUCCUAAACUCCAGAAGCUUUUCACUUUGAUGAAUGAAGUAGUUGGUAAGUUAGAAGGCGCAUCUUUGGUCCACUUUUUCCCGUUCCUGAAAUACGCUCCAGGGGAUCCUUUUGGAGCCAAAGCUCUGGAGGCAAAGGCUAAAGAGAUUAAAGACAUCUUCUCUAGUUUUGUGCAACAACAUGAUGAGGAUAAAAGCAAGGACUCUAAUGAUGCCAGCAUCGACAAUGUCGUGGCCGCGUACAACUAUGAGAAGAAGAGGAAGCUGGAGGCUGGAGGCAUGACAAUGCUGGACGACGAGAACCUGGUCAAGACCCUGCUGGACAUGUUUAUGAUCGGAUUUGACACUGUGAACACAACCAUUGCGUGGUGUCUACUCUACAUCCUGCACCAUCCCGAUGUUCAGGAGAAGAUAUUCCGCGAGAUCGAGGCUGAAGUCGGCCCCCACAGACUGCCCAGCCUGCACGACAAGAACAGCCUCCCCUACCUGUCUGCCGUGAUCAUGGAAACACAGAGGCUCGGGAGUGUACUGCCUUUGAACAUCCCGCGUAAAUGCAACACUGAAACAGAAGUUUUGGGAUACAAGAUCCCUAAGGGGGCAACCGUGAUCCCCAACCUCGACUCCGUUCUGAGUGACCCUGAGGUCUGGGGUGACGACGCCAAUUUAUUCCGACCUGAGAGAUUCAUCGACGCCUCUGGGAAGCUGGUCCAAAAAGAAGAGUUGAUCCCUUACUCAAUGGGGCGCAGGGGAUGCCCUGGUGAGGCGUUCGCCAACAUGCAGCUUUUCAUUUUCUUAGCUGUGUUGUUUCAGCGGUUCAGGUUCUUGCCAGCCGACGCAAAAAACCUGCCCACUUUGAAGGGAUUCUUGGGCACUUCUAACGCGCCUUCUCCGUAUGACGUUAGAGUCAUCAGCCGCGCUUGAAUAAUUAAUUAUUUAAUAGCUUACGAGAAGUCCAACCACAAACAGCCUAACAGUAUACCUAAUGACGUCGAACAAAUUCUACUCCCAAAAUAAAUACACUUGUCCUGGCGUUCAAAUUAACAAAGUGCGAGAACAAACGGUGAUACGUUUUAAAAUAUAAAGCCGCACUUCUCAAAAUACGCUACACUCCCAUCUAUGUUCUUUAUAAUGUUAAGCUUGAAGCAGAGCUUACUAUUUGCUUCUAGAUUUGGCAUUGGAGUCAACGGCCAAUCCACUUGCAUCCUGCAUUGAUCACCAAUAUGUUGGUCUCGGCAUUGGUCACAUUCUGCUGUAUUUCAGUGCCAAUAGAAUAUCGAUA